AAUCACUGCAUCCUCCUCCACGAGAGCAGACACGGAGGAAUGUAGUUUUACAGCUGGGGAAAUUGUUAUUCAGAAGGAAGCUUUUAUUCCAAAGACAUCUUUCGUAUUCGUGUUUCUGCCUCUCUUAAUAACAAGGUUGGAAGAUAUCUAUGGAAAUCACAUUGAUUCAGAGUUUCAAAACUAAGUCAAGUGUAAUGAGUUUAUUGUAGGAGUAACUAUGGGAGUUUAUAUCCCGGAAUCUAAUACAAGCUCCAACUUCACUCCCGGCAGCGACUCGGCCAAUGUCCACGAAGCUGGAGCGACUCUCCCGGGCUAUAUGAAGGUGAUCCUGGCCGUGCUUAUGAUAACUCUGGUAGUCGUGGUUGUGGCUGGUAACGCACUUGUUAUCCUGGCUUUCAUUGUUGACAAGAGCCUAAGAAAUCAAAGCAACUACUUCUUCCUCAACCUUGCUCUUUCAGAUUUUCUUGUUGGUGCCUUCUGCAUCCCUGUAUACAUCCCCUACAUCCUGACAGGCCGCUGGGUGCUGGGCAGAACUCUCUGUAAGCUGUGGCUCCUCAUGGACUACCUGCUGUGUACUGCCUCUGUCUUCAACAUCGUCCUCAUCAGCUACGACCGAUUCCUCUCCGUCACCAGAGCAGUGAAAUACAGAGCCCAGCGGAGCAUGACCCACCAUGCUGUGGUAAAGAUAGUGACUGUGUGGGUGUUAGCCUUCCUUCUCUAUGGCCCUGCUAUCAUCUUCUGGGAGCUGGUCGUGGGAAAAAGCAUCGUCCUUGCCGAUCAGUGUUUCGCUGAGUUCUACUGCACCUGGUACUUCCUACUCAGUGCGUCUACGAUUGAGUUCUUCACCCCAUUUAUCUCUGUGGCCUUCUUCAACCUGAGCAUCUACCUGAACAUCCAGCGGAGGAACAAGAGCAGGGCUAUCCGUAAGGAAGACACCAAGGCACGCAGUGACAGGGGCAGUCUCAGGGACGGGGGUGCUGCCUUGACUGUGUUUUUGACUUGCAAGGCAUCAUCGAGCAAGCCAGCUGCUGUUUCAGCUGUGAUAGAGAAGGACGAGGAGCUGUCGCCGUCCUCCAAUGGGGAGCCUUGUAGCGGACACACCUUCAUGCAGAGCAAGAAGUGCCUCACUUGCAGGAUCACUUCCAGGCCCCUUCAAUCCCAGUCCCCCACCGGGCCCCCCAGCAGGAGCUCACAGGGCUCCCGCCUCUCCCGCGACAAGAAGAUUGCCAAGUCGCUGGCCAUUAUAGUGUGCAUUUUUGGGAUCUGCUGGGCACCAUACACCCUAUUGAUGAUAAUCCGGGCAGCUUGUAGUGGGCGAUGUGUGGAGCAGUACUGGUACGAGAUUACUUUUUGGCUCUUGUGGCUGAACUCUGGUAUUAACCCUUUCCUGUACCCUCUCUGCCACAGCAGCUUCCGAAGGGCUUUUGCUAAGAUAUUGUGCCCCAACCGGCAGUCUGUCCAACCUCACAUUGAGACCCAGUCUUGCUAGUAAGACAUUGCAUAGCUGGAUGAGAGUCAUACUGGAGUGAGAAGACUACUGCAAAUGGAUGUGGAUUGUCAAACAAAAGUUCAGUCAUGAAUAGGACUAAGAAACCCUUUUUUAGUUGCUCACUAUAAAAGGGUAUAAAACAUUAUGAAAAAAGUGAUUACUGAUAACCCUAUGUUUUGUUUGAGAUACAUCAAAUCCUUCUUUCCUACUUUUUCCACUUCACUUCAGGCUUCUUUUCAUUGAAAAGUUUCAAGUUCUUACUUAGAAAAGCCUUCUUCCACUAGAAUGAAAGAUAUGCAUCUUCUAGUGAUCUAUUGAGAGGACAAGCACCUGUCAGUCACAAAGUGAGUGAUGACAGGGCAACUGCUGGUUUGUCAGUCUGCCGUCUAUCCCACCUCUCAAUACCUGUGUUAAUUUUGUGUGCUGUGGUUAUCACGGAGGAGGGAGAGCAUGAUGCUUCUUUAUCUCCUGUGAGCGAAUUUACACGUCCCAUGUAAUUUAAGUGGUAAUGAUGAGUUUAAAUCCACUUAAUCAUUGUUUUGUGUUUAUUUAUUUUCUUUUGCGUGUUUCAACUUUCAUAUAUCCAGACAUGGAGUCUAUUUAGGCUAUUUACUGUGCUUUGAUUGACGACCGAACAACAAGUGUUGACUAGUUUAUAAAGCUGUCGAACUGACUGAAUAAAGUCAAUCUCCAAUAUUCCUUUGCUAUUCAUAAAUCAUACAAUGUAGUUAUAAGUCCAUUGUAUUGCACCAAGACAAAUUAAAACAAAGAUCUUGUUUGUAUUUUUGGAAGGUGGCCCAUGUAUUCCCCCUUCACACAGGUGGUGACCCUUGUGACCUAAAUAAUUAUUGUCCUAGUUAUAAACUUUCUUGCCUAGAUAAAAUAUUAGAAUCUUUGAUAAAUUCUCAACUAAGAUCUUUCUUAUCUUUGAAAUGUAUUCUAAAUCAGUUGGGUUUUAGACCAGGUCAUAGCACAAUCUCUACUGCAUACCUAGUUCUAGUUAUAAAUGAUGUGGUUAACUGCAUGGAUAAAAGGCAACAUUGUGCUGCCCUCUUCAUUGACCUGCCAAAGGCUUUUCAUACUGUUGAUCACUCACUGCUAAUUCAUGGCUUUCCUCAAUUGGCCAAGACCGGGCUGCAUGUAACUGGUUAAGAUAUUAUUUGACAGAUAGAACUCAAUGUGUAUUUACUGAUGGUGUUAAAUCAGGUUUCCUGGAAAUUACGAAAGGUGUCCCGCAGGGGUCGAUUCUGGGUCCUGUAAAUUUUACUGUUUACAUUAACAAUAUCUAAUUGUCUGUAAAAAAUUCAGAUGAUACUGUUGGGUAUGCUAUUGCCACCACGUUUGAGCAGGCUCUAUCUGAACUACAGUCUGCAUUCAUUGUAUUACAGAAAAACUUUAUUGACAUGAAAUGAGUAUUGAAUGCAGGGUAAAACUAAGUAUGUGUUGUUCUCUAGAGAGCAUAAAAAUAACUCUGAUGAUUUAAGCAUAUGUACUUUGGAUAGUGUCCAUAUUGGUUGUGUCCCUGCUUACAAAUAUCUGGGCAUCUGGAUAGAUGAAAAGCUGUCUUUUAAAAAGCAUAUUGGUGAGUUAGUUAAGAAACUGAGAAUGAAAAUUGGCUUCUUCUAUAGAAAUAGAUCCUGCCUCUCACUCAAUAGUAGAGAGCAGAUUAUGCAGUCGACGUUCCUAUCGGUCCUACUGUAGACUAUGGCGACGUCAUCUAUAUGAACACAUCUGCCACUUCCUUAAAGCCGUUAGAGGCAGUUUAUCGUGCACUUCGCUUUAUUACCGUUGACAAUUUUAGUUCUCAUUACUGUAUUCGCUACCAGAAAGCUGGUUGGCCCUCUUUGAUGUCACGUAGGUUGAUACAUUGCUAUCUUUUCAUUUAUAAAGUACUUUUACAAAAAGUCCCACUGUACCUAACAUCUUUACUAAACUUUAGACAUACACGUUACCACACCUGGUCUCAGGGAUGGUUAACUCUGGAAAUUCCUUUGGUCUCUACUGAGUUAGAUAAAUCAGCUUUUAGUUUUCUUGCACCUUAUUUGUGGAACAAUCUUCAAAAAUGUUCUUAAAUUUGAUGUUUUGGUGCCUCUAAGGCAAUUCAGAAAGCUGAUUGAGGACCUUAUUAUUGAUGAAUGUGUUGGUUUUUUAUGACCGUGUUUUUCUUUCUGCUGCUUUGUAUUUAUAUUGAUGUGUGUAUUUUCUGUCAUUUCUGUAAUUCAGGCUUGUCUGUAAAAGAGACCAUGGUCUCAGUAUGACACCCUGAUAAAGGUUAAAUAUAAAAUAAUACAUGUGUAGGUUUCGAAGCCCAUGUCCAAGACUUGCCAGUGACUGGUAAAGUGACUUGUCAGUGUAACCUAGUGUUAUUAAAGAUGUUGAUAUAGGCCGACUGAUUUGAUUAAUUAAAGUGCCGAAAAUGGAGUAGUAAACUGCUGUUUUCUGUGUAGCAAAGCCCAUGUUUAACACCUGCUUCAUUCUUCAAGCAUACCUGUAUUCAUUGUCGCCUGUCUUUGUAUAAAAUUGGGGGUGCACAAUCUGAUGGGGGGUCUGAGGGUCCUCCCCCUGAAAAUGUUUUGCAGUUUUAAAACCAUUUUCCUCCAAUUCUAUAUUGUUUCUCAACAGGGAAUCAAUGUUUUCUUGUUAGAACACAAACAUUUUCUUCGAUUUUUGCCACAAUAAACUAAAGAAAGAGUAGACUAGAUUUGUAUUUUUCUGACUAGAUCACUAAUCUAAAGCCUUCCCUUUAAAGUCAGGUAUGAAACCCAACCAACUCUGUGACUCACAAACAUCCUGCCUAACUCUCCUGACAGUCCCACCCACAGUUAUUGAUUGACAGGCCAAACUGUUAAAGGGAUAGUUCACCCAAAUCACAAAAUGAAACAUCGAUUUCCUUAACCUUUGCAUCCACAGCCACAGAGCCAAUAAAAUACAUAAUUUGAAGAACAAACAUAAUUGUGGAAAUUCAUAUCUUGCAGUAAAACUGUAAAUAUGAAUUUCAUCUCAAGAGAAGACAGUUUUAAUGUUAAAAAAUAUAAUUGUCCUGAUCAUAUAAGCCUAGGCCAAGACAAUAUCAAAAACAACUAACAACACACUGAAUUCAUACAUACAUUAAGGUCUUUCUAAUCUACUCAAUACCAUAACUAAUUUGACCAAUCUGGGAGGUAAAGUUGUUAAAGUAUUCAAUUAUUUAGCUGUGUAUUUCAGAUGGAAUCAAGGCAUUAGAAUGUACCAGAGGCCACCAAAAUAGAGCUAAUUCUGCUAUUUUCUUCCCCUGUUUGACUGGCCUCUUUUACUUGUCUGGCAACUCCAUGGACUUAGGGAAAACACUGCUAUCUAUGUGCCAUGUCUGAAACUUUGACUUUUUGUAGGGUAAGAACCAAAUGCUUGUAUUUAUAUAUCAAAGUGAAUUAAUGUAAUCUACGUCUACUUGUUGUAGAUAUAUUUUUUUAGUUUGAGUUUGAGUUUUGUUGCUACUCAUAAGGAUUUUGGUAUGAAUAGCAGAGGUGCAGAUGUUCCUAGGGCUGGCAGGGAAUCUCAACUCUUACUAGUGCUUUAUGUCUGACAAUUAUAGAUCUGAAUGGUUCUGGUGUACUUGUAAAUGUUCUAUGUAGGAAAAGAUGUUCACUGUUAUUUUCAGUGAAAUGUGAAAGAAUAGUAGAUAGUGUAAUACCGAAUCAGGUAUUCCUUGGUGUGAUUUCUACAUCUACAGCAAUUUGUUUGCAACCUAUAAAACAUGUGUGAUUAUUUACAUACCUACUUGGACACACCUACUCAUUCCAGGUUUUUUCUUUAUUUUUAGAAUAAUA